AUGAAGAAAGUGCGCGACGAUCUCUAUUUGGGCGACAUUGGCGACGCGCUUCUGUUUCUAUCGGGCACGAAAGCUGGAGUGACGCAUGUUCUAUCGGUGCUGCCGCUGUGCCCUAACCACGAGAGCAAGGAUUUCGUCCCCUACGGCCCGCCCAGUGACGCGAACGCGUUUUUUAGGGUUUCCGUGGAGCUCCAGAACAAGUGCGACUUCUCCGGGCUUCCAAUUCGGAAGGUUGUGCCUCUGGAAGACUCGGCGGACGAGAAUUUGUUCGAGCGCCUCGAGGAGUGCUUGGAAUUCAUCAAUCGAGGAGUCCAAGAGGGGAUUGUGCUCGUCCAUUGCGGUGGCGGAUUUUCCCGCAGUCCAUCGAUUAUGAUUGCGUAUCUUAUGUGGAAGGAGAAGCUGUCCUUUGCAGAUGCCUUGGCUUCUCUCAAAAAAUCAAGUCCAAGUGUGGAUCCAAAUCCCGGGUUUGUAAAACAGCUGAAAGCAUUCGAGACUAAUGGUUUCAAGGUACCUAAGAAAACAAUCGACAAGAAGGAAAAUGGCAAAGGCACAGCCAAAGGCAAAUGGGUGACAUGCAAGAUAUGUAAAAAGGUGGUAUCCAUUCAAGAAUUUCAAAGAUAAAGAUUGCAAAGCUUCGCUUUAACUGUUUAGGGAGUUUUGUA